AUGCCUGCACUAAAUUUCAUCAUCACCCCCUCUUCCCCCUGUUUCAUACCUCUCUGCAUUUUCCACUCCCUUCUCAUAUCUGCUUCAUCCUCAACCUUAUCAUUCAGAUACCACAAUUUGCCAGUGGAUGUACAUGCCAAACAGGAACCACAAGAGUGCUACAAACGUCUUGAAACGUUCAUUGAAAAUAAGUGUGUGAGAAGAAUUGACCAUUUUAAGAUAUCCCACACUGUUUGGGGCAAAAACAAGGUUUCUUUAACUUGUGCUAAAAUCUCCAAAGAUGACGUGCAGGAAGAGGUUGACUUUAAAUCAUAA